GUGUCGUCACGGAGUGUGUAUUUUUCGUCGUGCGUCGCCAUUAUGAGCAUUUGUUAUUGGUUCUGACUGUGCUCAUAAAAAUGGGCUUAAUUCAGUGUUAUCAGCAGUUGGUAUCGAAGGAUCAGUAAGUCGAACGGCUGGCGGUGAUUGCGGACAAAUCGUCGGCACAGGAAUUGUGGGUGACGAUGACCACGGAGCUGGACGAGCCGUCAGGUGCGCCGUCUCUCUGCGAGGUCAGCGCCUCUGAGCUGUACCCGAAGCAUGGCCUGCAGGAGGCCACCCUGGUGGAGGAUGUGCAGCAGGCCGAAUGCAACGUUCCUUUCCCGCUCGUCUUCGGCGAGAAUGUCGAUUAUUUGAGCCGAGUCGGCGACAACGGCCUUUUGGCCCUGUCCAAUUACAGAUGUUUCUUGCAAAGCAAUCGCUGCACUUACAACAUACCUCUGACUGUGAUAGACGUGGUAGAAGUGAGAGAUCUUUUAGACCUGCAUAUAUUAUGCAAAGACGUGCAGUCAGUAAGGUGUUCCUUCAGCUCUAGCGAGGCUUGUACUGAGUGGCAAAGGAGAAUUAGUCGGGCGGCCACUCAGCCUCGAGAGUUGGAGCGAGUUUUCGCUUUGCCAUUCUACGCUUGGGCCUGCGAAGAAGGUGAUGAGGAGGCGUGGAGCAAAUUGGGAGGCCGCAAUGACAGUGCGGCAUUGGUUGGAAGUGUCGAUUCCAGUGAGACAAAUUUCUAUGCAGAGAUUGCGAGACUCGGCUUUGACUUGGCAGGAGCCUGGAGAGUGAGCCAGUUGAAUUACGAAUAUAAUCUAUGUCAAUCAUAUCCACGGCUGAUAUUACUGCCGUCGUGCAUCAAUGAUGUGACAUUGGAGGCUGUGGCCCGCUUCCGCAGCGCUCGCAGAGUACCUGCUGUCGUUUGGAGGCACUCAAAUGGCGCCGUUCUGGCGAGGAGCAGUCAGCCAGAGGUUGGUUGGCUAGGUUGGCGGUCUCCAGAGGAUGAGGAUCUGAUGAAAGCGUUCGCAGAAGCCUGUGCCUGCUCUGAAACGACCCCGAAUAUUGAAGGCGAGCUUGCCGACGAGCCGCAGCCACAGCCCUCGUCUAAAAACGUAGUGAUCGUGGACGCCCGUUCAUACACAACCGCUGUGGCCAACCGGGCUAGAGGGGGUGGCUGCGAAUGUGCAGAGUACUACCCCAAUUGUAUUAUCGCCUUCAUGAACCUCUCCAACAUUCACGCUGUCCGCAAAAGCUGUCAGGUUCUGAGGACCUUAUGCGCCCUUGAUGACCCUCAAAAUUGGUUCAGUCAGCUUGAAGGAUGCAAGUGGUUCCAACUUUUGGCUUCCAUCUUAAGAGCGGCAGUGACAGUGGCUGUGGCCCUGGACAGGGACGCGACGCCUGUGUUGGUUCACUGCUCGGAUGGUUGGGACCGGACUCCUCAAAUCACGGCUUUAGCUCAGCUGUUGUUAGAUCCAUACUACAGAACCAUUGAGGGGUUCCAAGUGCUGGUUGAGCGUGAAUGGAUUGAUUUUGGCCACAAAUUCGCCGACCGGUGUGGACUGGGAGCUGGAGCCACAGACGACAUAAACGAGCGAAGUCCGGUGUUUUUACAGUGGCUUGACUGCGUCCAUCAGCUUCUAAUUCAGUUUCCGUGCGCAUUCCAGUUCAGCCACGCGUAUCUGGUGCGGCUGGCGCAACACGUUUACUCCAACAUGUUUGGCACAUUCUUGUGCAACUCUCAGAGGGAGAGAGCUAAGCUCAGAGUGGCGGAAAGAACUCUGUCGGUGUGGCGGUUCCUCAAGGCAAACCCUGAUUGCCACAAUUUAUUGUAUUCGUGCAACCAACAGGUGUUGUGGCCAUUGUGCAGUUUGCGUGAUUUAAGAUUAUGGACUGAGGUAUACUUGGGUGGCGUGGUGCGAGCAGUGGACGCAGUACCCCCCACGUCGCCGCCGCCAAACCUCACCAAGUCGACUUCAUGUGAGGAUCUGCAGCAAGCUCUCCAUUCCUCUGCAGUCCAGACGAGGAGAAACAGUCAACCAAGUCUAACAGACAGCACCAUUGAAAGUCUACUGUUUGACAGUGACCCAGUUACCAAGGACGAGCAGCAGGAGGGGAAGGAAGAGGCUGAGAGCGCGGAAAAUGGCGAUGUUGUCGACGGCUUAGUUCCUAGCCCAGAAAUUCCACCUCCGCCACCGCUGCCCUCGGUGGAAAGUUCAACAGAUACUCUGGUCCCGGUCGAGAUGACCAACGGGACCUGCGUCAGAGAGGAUUCACCAAAGUUGCAGCAGAAUCAGCAAAUACUGAUCGAACAAAAUCCAACAGAAUGCCAUGUGUGUGCGUCCAGUCGGAGGUUUUUGCUUGAGUCAAACGCUCUUGGACUUAGCAGUAAUGGGAAUGGAGCACUGCCUAAUGGCCAUACAAGAACUAGCUCUCAUUAUUCUACUCCUACCAGUUACCCGCCCACCCCAGGGAGCGACAGCACAGCAGGGGAGGAAGAGGCUCAAAGAGCCAGCCACAGAUGUCAUCUCCCUGACCGGCCCUUACCUAUACUUACUUCUAAGAUGGACUUAGACGGACUGUCCACAAUCCAGUCUGACAUUCAAACACGCUUAAGACAUAUUUUUGCCGACUUCCAAAGUCAAGUUGAUGCUCUCCAAAGAGAACUGCACACGACGCGUAUGGCUCUGAUCCAACAAGUGUGUCACCACUGCAGUCCAGGGACGUCCAAUGGCGACCACCGGACUGACGAAACGGGAUCAAUACCAGAGAGCGUGGACAGCAUCGCGGAGAACGCCGCUAACGGAAGUCUGAGCUCAAGACCUGCGUCAGACGUUUCUUGGGAAACGGUGGAGGAGAAAGACGUGUUUCCGACGCGGUGGAUACCUGACCACGCCGUCACGAGAUGCAUGGGAUGUGAUACCGAAUUCUGGCUAGGCAGACGGAAACACCACUGCAGGAACUGCGGACAGAUUUUCUGCAACGACUGCUCAUGGAACACGGCCCCGUUGCCGUCAGAGCAGCUGUACGAGCCAGUGCGGGUGUGCGCCAACUGCUACCGCCAGAUUUCCGCCGCCGGUGGCUGCACGCUCAUUUUGAAUGGCGGCGCGCAGCCGAUGCCCAAUGGACAGCAGGCGUGCAAGCAGCAGAGCACCGCCGCUGCCAACGCCGCGCACCACGACAAACUGCAGAAGCCGAUUGUGUCCGCCGGCAGCACCUAACUCCGUCUCUGAGGCGUUAUGAUGAUAUAAAUUAUUUCUCAAGGUUUCUGGUCCGAAUGGAGUUUUUCCAAAAUGUGUGAUUUGAGGAAAUAAAAUCGGUUGUUUGUGUUUAAUUUGUCCAGGAAAUUUGCUACAUGAGAUGCCCAUUUUAUGGCAAUGAUGAUACUUUUUAAAAUUAAAUUAUUCUUGCCUGUUUUGUUGCGUUUCAAAAAAAGAUUUUUAAAACCAACUUGUUGGCAUUGGGAUUGAGUGUGAAUCAAUGCACCAUUUUCGGAUGAAUUCCGCUCGGACGAUGUAGCACGCGCUGCCGAUUGUCAUGGCUCUCGAUUGUCUUGCUUCCAUGUUAGAUUUCAAAGCAUUUUUGUAAGACGGUGUGAUCAGGUCCCCCGCCCUCCCCAAAAAUUAUUGUACUAUCUCGAAGGAAAAAAAGUGAAAUUAAUUUAUUCUUAUUUACUCUGUAUAGCAUCGUUAAACAAAGCAUGUAUCGCGUGGUGUAUUUAAUCAGUUUGAUUUCUGCAAAUUGUGCGAAUAACCAGGGAAGAAGAAUGUUGCCUUUUCCCAGAUUUCACUGGUCCACCUAGAGUUAAUACGAUCAAUGCGCGUAAUUAUGUGAUAAUAAAAUGUGAUGGGUCAAAAUUAAUAGAAAAAAAUAUGCUGGAGUCCUUCUUGGCUUUACUUUAUAAGCAUUUUGUGUGAUCAUUUUAUCUCUACGUAGUCUCUAUCUGCUGUCUUGAUUUGCCUCCGCCGCAAUUCUUUCUUGUCUAGCUGUGAGAUUUUAUUAUUUAUUCUUUGCAUCUACGCUCUUCGUUUUAGCUAAAGGCUUUUAGUUGUGAGGGCAACCAAAGAUUUGUUGCAAAUUUUUAUUUUUCUGUAUGUACUAAUUUCAGUCAUGGUAACUUGGAAUUUAUGAUUUACUAACGACUCCCUUAGUAGAAACUUGUAACAGGCCAAGUUGAAAUUCAAGAAAGGCAAUGUUCUUGACUACGAGACUGCAUUCUAUGGAUUUUGUGGUGAAGAAAGGAUAAUCUAUUGUGUAGCAUAUUAGUGUAUAUUUAGUCCUUGUAAAAAUCAAUAAAAUCAUAUAAUUGAAAAUAA